CGGCGACAUCGACAACGACCUGCCUCUCAAUUGAACACACUAUUGCAGGUCCCUCCCAUCGUUAUUGCGAAUUUUUUCCCAAUCCACAAUGACCCCAGCCUUCGCUCCAUCGCUCCCCCUUCCAUCCCGCGACCGCGCGACCCUGCGCGCACGUCUCUCCCACACCCGCGCCCCUGUCGCGGUCUUAGGCGAGGCCCCCCGACCCGUCUCCGCCCCAAUCUCCCAUCCAUGGACCCCGUCCAGCUGGCGCACACGCCGCGCCUUGCAGCAACCCACCUACCCUGAUCAGGAACAUCUCGCCCGCGUGGAGAACACUAUCUCACAUCUCCCAGCCCUCGUCUCUCCUGGAGAGAUGCGCGCACUUAAGGCUCAACUCGGUAACGUCGCGCUUGGGCACGGCUUCGUCCUGCAGGGCGGCGAUUGUGCUGAGAGCUUAGAGGAAACCUCUGAGGGCGUUACCGAUAACAUUCGCGCCCUCUUCAAGAUGGCCGUCGUACUCAUGUGGGGCUCCCAGGAACCCGUAGUUAAGAUCGGCCGCUUGGCAGGACAGUAUGGAAAGCCGAGGAGUGCGGAUACUGAAGUGAUUGAUGGCGUUGAGCUUCCUAGUUACAGAGGAGAGAACAUUAACGGUGCACCGUUCACUCCGGAGGCGCGAAUUCCCGACCCCAACCGAAUGUUGCUGGCUUACAAUAGGAGUGCAGGAACGACGAAUCUUGUCCGCGCCCUAGCAUCGGGUGGUUUCGGGGACCUCAAACGCGUCAAAGAGUGGGGUAUGGACUGGUCGAUGGGGACGGCCAAGGGUCGUGAGUACAUGGCCACGGCCGAGCGUAUUGCGGAGUCGCUUCAUUUCAUGGAGACUUGCGGUGUGAGCCCGCAGCAACCUGUUAUGACCUCUACCGAUGUCUUCACUUCCCAUGAAGGCUUGCUUCUCCCUUAUGAACAAGCUCUUACAAGGAUGGAUGAGGAGACUGGCGAGUGGUACGAUUGCAGCGGCCAUUUCAUAUGGAUUGGGGAACGGACAAGGGAAAUUGAGGAUGCCCAUGUGCAGUUUGCAAAGGGGAUUGCCAACCCUAUCGGUGUGAAGGCUGGCCCAACCAUGAAGCCAGAAGAGCUUUUGCGUUUGUGCGAUGAGUUGAACCCUACCAAUGAACCCGGGCGACUCACAGUCAUCACUCGAAUGGGGGCUGGUAAGAUUUUGCAAGGACUGCCGCCUCUUGUGCGAGCGAUCAAGCGAGAAGGACGCCAUGUCGUCUGGGUAUCUGACAGUAUGCACGGAAACACGUUCAAGGCGGACUCCGGCUUCAAGACGCGAUCCUGGAACCGAAUAAUGACUGAGGUUCGCGGCUUCUUCGCGGUGCAUGAGGCCGAGGGAACAAAGGCGGGCGGUCUGCAUUUCGAAAUGACCGGCAAGGAAGUGACUGAGUGCGUUGGAGGUACGCGCAAAAUCAAGGCUGAAGAUCUCUCUCAAAGGUACGAGAGCCUGUGCGACCCCCGGCUAAACCAGUCUCAGGCUUUGGAAAUGGCUUUUGAAGCUGCAGAAAUUCUUCGUAGCCAGCGACGAAACCAUUAAUAGUUAGUUCGUUUUCCAUUUUUUAACCGAUGCAAGUUAAGGGUGUUGCUACUUGCUUGGGAUUCUUGUCAUUGGUUUAGAGGAUGAGUCGUGAGAGAACUCACUCGGGCAAGCAGACGGGAGCGCAAGUGCACGUGACGAUUUGGCAGAAAAUCUUAGCAGGAUGUGCUCCCAAGGAGUGCACUUGCGAGUCGCAUUGUUGGAUGUAGAAUAUUCUCAUCAAAGAAAUGGUGUUGAUUGGUCCCUUACAAUCCUGACAGACUGUAGUCGUGUGUUGAUUCGCAGAGUGAAACCCUUCAAGGCAAAUCCCCAAAGCCAAUGGUCGAGCACGGCCUAGCACUGACCUGUAUGCGGCGGAGGUGACCUCCAACUUCUCCCUCUCAGGAUUUGUUGGAUGCGAUACAAGCCAAGUAAACGUAACACGAUUUGUUGGACCUGU